CAGUACACCACGAAAUACCAGUGCUAAACCAACCCAAAACCCAGCAUCUCCCCUGUCUAUAUAAAUUAACCGCUUCUUGAUUUUAUUUUCAAUCCACUUCGUCUCCUUUGUUAAUCUCAUUCUCUUUCUAAUGGCAUUCAUAAAAACAAGCAGUUCCCUUCUUGUCUUGAUCUGUUUUUUAACCCUUUCUUCUUUGCAUACAAAAACAACCGAAGCAUGUCACAGAACUGAUAGAGCAGCUCUGCUUGAUUUCAAGAGUAAGAUCAAUCAAGAUCCAACUCGACUAUUAUCAACCUGGAAUCAAUCCACUGAUUGUUGCAUCAAAUGGGAAGGUGUCGGCUGUGAUUCCAACGGUCGGGUCAUAAAUGUUACGAGGCCUGGCUUGUUUUCCACCGACGACUCCAUCUUUGAUACGUUCAUGAAUGGGACGAUCUCUCCUUCAUUGGGUAAACUUAAGUUUCUCCGGCUACUGGACCUUAGUAACUUGAAGCAGUUAGUGGGAAUUAUUCCACCAGAGCUCGGAAAACUAUCGCACCUUACUUCUUUAUUCCUCAAUACCAACCAACUCAAGGGUUCGAUUCCAGCAUCAUUUCAAAAUCUUCGUAAACUCAAUAAGCUUUACCUCAAUGAUAAUCUUUUAUCAGGUAGGGUGCCCAGCAACAUUUUCCAACAUAUGUCUUCUCUUUCGGAACUUGGUUUAUCCGGAAACAAGUUGUCCGGUGGAAUUCCGUCAUCAAUUGAGAAACUAGUUUCACUGAAGAGGCUUGAUUUCCAUCUAAACAACUUCUCAGGUGGUAUACCAAGUACAAUUGGGCUUCUUAAGAAGUUGGUUUCUUUAGACUUAUCUGAGAACCAGAUUUCUGGUGGCAUUCCUACAUCUAUCGGAGAACUAUCUGAAUUAGAUGAAUUAUAUCUCAAUCAGAAUAGUCUUAGUGGAAGCAUUCCAAGUUCAAUUUCAAAGCUGAUUGUUCUUGAUAGUUGUCGUUUGUCAGACAACAAGCUUACCGGUAGUAUCCCGGUAUCCAUCAGUAAGACUCCGCUCCGGUUUUUGGUACUUGAUAACAACAUGCUGACAGGCAAAUUACCUAAGAGUUUUGGCAAUCUUGCAAACCUUACUGGUUUCUUUGCGAAGAACAACCGUCUUACGGGUAAGAUCCCUUCAAGUUUUAGCAAUUUAAUGAAUCUCCAACAACUCGACCUCUCUAGGAAUGGUUUGUCAGGUCCAAUUCCUUCUGAACUAGUUAAGUUAAAUGCAACAUUACAAAUCCUAGAUUUAUCAUUCAACCCAUUGAGUCUAGUGAACAUACCGAGUUGGAUUUCAAACAUGAACCUCCAUAGACUAUAUUUAGCUCGAACGGGGUUGAUUGGUGAACUCCCGGAAUGGUUAUCUUCGACAAGUUUGUCAUAUCUUGAUUUAUCGAGUAACAUGUUAGCCGGAGAGUUGCCAUCAUGGAUAGGAAACAUGACAAGCUUAUAUUCUCUCAAUAUAUCUAACAACGGUUUCCAUUCGGAUAUACCAAUUGAGUUCAAGAACCUUUCGGGUCUUGGGGAACUUGAUCUUCAUUUGAACAACUUCACUGGAGGAUUAAGUUCGAUCUUUGCAAAAACAAUGGAUGGGGUCUUGGGUCAUUACAGCAUUAUCGAUCUGUCUUACAAUAUGUUUGUUGGUCGUAUUGAUAAUAAUAUUGGAAACCUAGAGGUUAUGGAUUCACUUGAAACAUUGGUACUGUCUAAUAAUCGUUUAGGAGGAUCGAUACCAAAAUCUCUCGGGAAGUUGAGUAGACUAAGGACUUUGAAGCUUGAAAAGAAUAGGUUUACGGGGACGAUACCAGCUGAGCUAAGCAGCGCUACAGAAUUAACAUCAGUUGUGCUAUCGCAUAAUAGAGUUACGGGCAGUAUACCUUCAGGAGUAAUAAACUUGGCGAGCCUCGUAGAAUUUGAUGUGUCCUACAACAAGUUGACAGGGAGUAUUCCUACUCAUAAGACGGCAUUCCCUUCUUCUUCUUUCGAGGGCAACUCUGGCCUAUGUGGCUCCCCACUUCCUCCAUGUAAAACCGCAUAGUAACCUCUUUGUAUCUGUCUGAUAAUUGUAUUAUUCUUCAGUUAAUAAUAAUAAUAAAGAAGAAGAAUUCAUUAAA